AAUUUGAUUUUAAAACCCUACUUUAACCCCACUGCUAACCCUGACCUUAAAUUAACACCUAAAAAAGCACCAACAAUAUAAUAAUCAUGAAUAUUUACGAUAUAGAACCAUUUGGACAUUGUGGGUGUGGUAACCGAAGUAAACUAGCUAGCAUGCAAAGUCAUCAGAUGUUUAGUUAGUCAACCGAGCCACAAACUAUUGGAAUGUACGCAAUGUUGUUCUGAGAAAUAGACUUGUUGACAAGUCAAUUCAAUAGCUGCACAGAGUGGCGGGGAUGUUGAAUCAAAAUGGGAAACAUUUUCACCAGAAAGAGACGCACACGAAUCACAGAGCAGGACAGGGCAGUUUUGCAACUGAAACAGCAGAGAGAUAAGUUAAAGCAGUAUCAGAAGAGAAUCACCCUGCAGCUGGAGAAGGAGAGGAAUCUAGCCAAGCAGCUGCUGAAAGAUGGCAAGAAAGAGAAGGCCCUCCUCUUGCUCAAAAAGAAGAGAUACCAGGACCAGCUCCUGGACAAGACAGAAAACCAGAUAAGCAACCUGGAGCGAAUGUGUCAAGACAUUGAGUUUGCCCAGAUUGAGAUGAAGGUCGUUGAAGGCCUUAAAGUUGGAAACGACUGCCUGAAGUCAUUGCAUGAGGCGAUGUCCAUCGAGGAUGUGGAGAGAAUUAUGGAUGAGACCCAAGAAGGCAUUGAAUACCAGAGGGAAAUAGAUGAGAUGCUGGCAGGUUCCCUGACACAGGAGGAUGAAGAUGCUGUACUGGCUGAACUGGAGGCCAUCACUCAGGGAGAGCUUGACCUACCCGAGGUACCUGAUGAGUCCCUGCCAGACGUCCCAGAGGCAGCUGAUGAAGAACCAGAGCCAGGUCAAGAGAGGGAGAGGCCAAGAAAGAAGCAGGAACGAGGGAUGUUGGCUGUCUAGGGGCCUGUCUGUUCGCCAGGUGACUCUGUGGGUCUUGGUACACCGGCCACUAUAUCCCCCUCAUAGGGGUCUCAUGCCCCCCACACACACACACACACACACAAAAACACAAAAAGAUUAUCUUCACCAUCUCUUCCAGUCCCUCGCCUCCAAUACUUCCUGGUGCCCUGCAAAGCCUUGGCUUUGUGAGCCUCAAUACUGCUUUAUAAUCCUCUUCUGGAUUCAACCACCCCAUCACUCCAACCAGGGUCAUGGACUUUAUUUUUCACAUCAUUGCCUGCAGGUUCUCCCAUUUUUUUGUUCAUGUUUAGGGCCUUUAGACACAUAAUGAAGAAAUUAGUGGUUUGAUUUAGAUAAUAUUGUGCCUAUUGCCUAGGUCCCGUGAUGGGUAUGUUUUUUAAAAUCUUCUGUGAACGAACAAAUUAUGUAAUUAACAGACAAAUGAAUGCAUGUCUCUUUUGUUUUCUUACUUUUCAACCUUUUUGUGUCUCAGGCCUACUAUCUGACCACAGAGCACAUUCUCUUUGGGAGGAAUAGACAUGCAGACUGUCUUUCAAAAUCAUUACUGUCGGGAUGGUUUUCAGAAUCUUGCCUUGUCUUAGUUAAGAAUGUCUUGAUUGCUUCCAAACUGUCAAUAAUGGAUAUGACUUUGGCUUUGGUUUCAACUUGUUGAUUGCGGAGUAAAAUCCUUAAUAGUACUGA